AAUGCCGUUUCCAUGGAAACAGAAUGUGGGCGCCGCGUAAUUCGAACGUCAUUUUGAUUGACGGAUGAAACACCGCCCAGGAGACUCGAGGACUCAAGUAUUCCCACAGAUGUCGGCAUCGAAACGGCAACAACAAAGUUGGGAGUGAGAAGACGUUCAUGGCCAACAGCAGCACCUGAAGACGCUUCUCCUCUUGAAAACCUCGUCAUGGAUGUGCUGAAAUCAGCCAGAAGGGCUUUUAUUCGGAGUCCCAGCCUGACCAAACAGUCCUGGAGCUCAGGCAAACACCAAAAGCUCCCUGAGAAUUGGACUGACACAAGAGAGACUCUUCUCGAGGGAAUGACCUUUAACCUUCGUCAUCUGGGGAUGACUCUGGUGGACCAACCCAAAGGCGAGGAUCUCUCAGCUGCUGCUGUCAAGAGGAUUGUUGCCACGGCCAAAGCCAGUGGGAAGAAACUGCCUAAAGUGGCCCUGAAAGUGUCUCCUCAGGGAAUCAUCUUGUGCGAUAGUGUGUCUAACCAGCUGAUCGAGAACAUUUCCAUAUACAGGAUAUCAUACUGCACAGCUGACAAGAUGCAUGACAAAGUGUUUGCUUUCAUCUCCCAGAACCAACAGAAUGAGACGCUGGAGUGUCACGCGUUCCUCUGUGCCAAACGGAAAGUGGCCCAGGCGGUCACGCUCACGGUGGCUCAGGCCUUCAGAGUGGCCUUCGAGUUCUGGGAGGUUGCCAAAGAAGAGAGAGAGCAUAGUGUGAAAUGGGAUUCAGCUGGAGAAACAUCCAACAGUUCACAGUCAGAGGGAUCGGUCAGCCUGACCAGCCUGAAAGGAGGAGCUGUAGCUGCAGAGAACCUGUUGGACAUCGAGGUUUACUCAUCUGCUGUGGAAAACCCCACCGAACCCAACAACAACACCGCCACCACCCAAUGGGAGACUGAUGAAGGUCUAGAAGAGGCUUUUUCAAGACUCGCUGAGUCUCGUACUAACCCCCAGGUCCUGGACAUUGGGGUGAUGCCUCAGGACUGGAACUCUGAGACCGAAUGGGACAAGACCAAUGGAAACACACCAAACGCCGAUGAGCUCUCCAGCCUCUGAGCACAGAUAGGUAUGUGGGAGAAAGAAGGUCCG